CAACUUACUCUUGGAGGAUCUGGCGCAGGUGAUAUCCGAGAACGUCAGUGCGGAUAUGAACACGCCGCCAACAUCCCAGGCAUACAACACCAGCAGCAGCAACAACGAAAGCAACACUACCGGCUCUGGUAAAUGUGGCGGUGUGCCCCAAGAAGUUAAAACAGGUGAGGAGCUUCUUCGUCUUCUUUUUCUCGGUGGUUGUGUUAGUCCCUCAUCCAAUGCAGUACAGCAGAGCCAAGUCUCAUCAAGCAAGCCUACCUUCGUGCCAAAUGAGUUGCUAGGAUCUAUCUUACUCAAGGCUCUGAACGGGUUCCUGUUUGUGGUGAAUAACCAGGGAAAGGUUGAGUUCAUAUCGGAGAACGUUACACAGUUUCUGAAAUAUACUCAGGAUGACCUAGUUGGCAAAAGUAUCUACAACAUUAUACAUGUGGGUGAUCACCCACAGUUCAGUACUAAGCUACUGCCUAUGACACUGACCAGUGGCUUGGCCUGGCCAAGUGAUUCACCAACAACCCGAGGAUGUAACUUUCAAUGUCGUAUGCUUGUAAAACCUCCAACUGAAGAAGAUGAUGAUGUAGAGCUGAAGCAGGCAUAUAUUACACACUAUGAGAACAUGCAAAUCACAGCGAUCUUCCAGCCUUGCCUGGCCCAGAAACUUACCGACCAACCACUGUUUUCUCCACAGUCCAAAAAUAAGACGUGUCUGCUGUGUAUAGCCCGGCGUCUGCCGAUGAAUGAGAAAAACAAUAUGAUGACUGGUGCAGUAAGCCACUUUAUCACAAAAGAAGAUGUGCAUGGGAAAAUCCUUCAAGCUGAAACCAGAAUAUCCAGUUCUAAUAGAGAAUAUGAUUUUCUUUCCAGUCAUGGCAAGGUGAACUUGGAGGGUACCCAUAUACAUGACUUCUGUUAUCCGGAAGAUCUACCACAACUUAAAAAGCAUUCCCAAGAAGUUCUGAAGAAUGGACAGAAUACUAGUGGAAUUUACCGGUUCAGACUGGCUGAGAAUCGAUAUGUUUUUGUUCAGACAAAAAGCAGACUGUUUAAAAACCAGAUGACUGGUGAACCAGACUUCAUUAAUUCCACUCAUUCAAUUAUCCGUUAUAAACUUCUUGCACUUACAGAUGACAGCCUGGACAUAAAACCAAUGAUUCCUUCAGCCACCAAUGGCCUUGGGGGAAGUAACUGGGUAUCAGCUCCUUCGAUGAAGUCCCCUGCACCCAGAAGCAUACCGUCACCAUUACAGUUUGCCCUGCAGAGUGGAUCUGGAGGACAUACCGGCUCCAAACGACCACCCAACUUGAAUAUGAGCCGGAGGAGCAUCUCAGUGACAUCGUACGAGGGAUCUCAGAAAAAUAUCAGGCUGACCCCAAGUCCUGGCAGUGCACCUCGCAGCGCUGGAUUUAACCAGCGAACGGCUCCAGGGCACCCCAACCAGCGUAGCCCUGCUGCAGUGACCAUAAAUGGAAACUCGGCUAUGCAACAGAUUCGAAGCCCAAGACAGCUUUCAUUGGGAUUUCAGCGAAACACAGCCGGAUCACCACUGUUGUCUCCGCAGUCUGGUUUUCCCUUGACAUCCGCCAGCUGGGGUCGACCACCAGCGUCAGUGACACCAACCCAGACAAGUAGCAGCGAUGUCUCACAGACUACUAGCACACCUGUUGGUGCACCUCGCUUAUCUCCCUUGGGGACACUUCAGUCUCUGGACUCUAUUUCUCACUCGGGGAUGUUGGGGGGCACAUCUCAAGCUGGAAUGACUGGAGGAUCCGACAUGAACAUAAAUAUUCUGGUCCCUUCCUCAGGGUUUCAGUCUUCUUCGUUUCAUUCCUCCACUCUGCCAUCAUAUUCAACGAGUUUGAUGGUCAGUAGCAAUAUUCAGCAGAACAUGACCACACUAGCUGGUGGCAACAACAGUAAUAAUUCAGGUAUGUCUUCCCAGAGACUUUGCCAGCUCCUGACACAGAAGUCAUUCUCAGAAUCCAUGCAUUCACCCAUAACUGGGGAUGGGAGACGGUCGAUUGUGGGCAGAGGUCGUCGUGCUUCCGGACAGAUUGGAUCAGCGGGUACCCCAAACCCAGUUUCUAGCAGCAGUAGUGGUAGUUUAGCAUCAGCUGGGGACGUUGCAGGCUUGACCAUGAAUAUGCACUGGUCCGCCAAUUCAAAAAGCAUGAUGAAAUCUCCAGAUGACCAUUUGUAUCAAUCACCAACUGAAGGACCAGGCCAGAGUCCUCAAGAAAAACCCCAGAGCACUUCUGAAGAUGGGGAGACGGAAGUUUCAAAUGCCCAUGGAAUUGAUAUCAGUAUGGGUAUUAGCAACAGCAAGAACAGCUAUCACCAGCAAGUGGGAGGCAGUAUGAGCAACAGCAGCAAUAAGCCUAAUGUCAACAGUAAUACUGGUGUUGUUGUUGGUGGUGGUGGAGGAGGAGGAGGAAGCAGAGGCGGUGAUAGGAACAACAUUUUAAAAUCUCUGCUAAGUCAGGAGGAUGAUGACGAACCGUCUUUGCCUGAUCAUAGUCACUCGUCGACACCGAUCAGUUCUGGGAACGUUGGCCACACCUUAAGUUCCAAAGAUUUUACUGCUGGGGUUGACAAGAAUGAGGCCGAGCCGAGAAAGACAAAUGCUUUAUUGAAGCAACUUUUGGGGGAGCAGAAUGGCAACCCAGAUAAAAACCAACAGAAGGAGCUCACGGAAAGAAUACGCCAGGAAAUAACUGGGCAUACAGUGAGAGCUUCUCCUUCCUACCACAGGGCUAUGACGCCUGCCACCUGCAAUCCAUCCAUUACUACAACUACAGCUGUGGCUGAUUCCGUCAUCGUCACGAAAAAGAGGAAAGUCAGCAAUGGCCGAGAGUUGCUGCAACAUUUGCUCGAUGAAGAUGAUGAUGCUGAUAGUGUGCCCAAGCUAAACAUUACAACCUCGGCACCUGCUCAAAAACAAAGCCAGGCGCCAACCAGCAGUAACAUCAGCAGCAUCAACAUCAGCAGCAUCAACAGUAGCAGCAUCAUCAACAACAAUGGCAAACGCAGAAAGAUGUCUGUCUCAGAUGUAGAUAGUAGUGAUGGUGUUAACACGGACAUGGAACCCAGUACUUCAUCCGUUGUGCCAAACACACAGCAGAGCAAGCUGUCCCAAACAAACGCACUUUUAGCACAACUGCUGAGCAGAAAGGCUAAAAAGGAAACUGUCAUCAACACCAACAUUUCUAUAAGCCCAACUGGGGUUCCUCAGAACCGUUACCCACCAGAUCUCAUCAACAGGGUUAUCAGCAUCAAAUCAGCCGCAGAAAGAGUGGAAAAUAUAGCUUUGGGAAAUAUUGUUGGUACCACGGAGAAAAGCUUAGGGAUGAAGUUCCUUGGGAGAAUGUCCAGUACAGAUGUUGCACCAAAGUCGAGUACACCUGGCAGUGUCACACUAAACAGUAAUAAUAAUAAUACUAGUAAUAAUACCACUAUGCCAAAUUUUCUGAAUGGAGGCUAUUUGAAUAGUCAGUCGGAGUUGGGUACAGUGACUAGUAUGAAUACACUUGAUCCAAUGUCCACAGAGAGUCAGAUCAGCCAGUUCCAGCGUCUGUUAGAGAGUGAGGAAGUUUUGUUCAGCAGUGACUCUUUAAUGGCAGACUCUUCGGCUGAGCAUGGACCCAGUGACUUUUCUGAGAAUGAUCAGCUGUUUCAGCAGAUCCUGCAGCAGGCGGCAGACCUACAAGAAGAUCUGCAAAAGAAUCGGGCGGGUAAUUCUGGAAUAAAUCAAAUCCCUUCACAAGGUGCAUCGUUUUCUAGAAUGGGUAGUAGCAGUGACACCAGUGUUGUGUCUGAUUUGACCGCAAAUUUAUCGACUGUUAGUUCUAUUGUCCAGGCAUUGAGCUCAACAAGUCGACCUUCUGUGCAAAUAAGACUGAAUCCAUUACAACAACAGCAACAGUUACAACAGCAGCAACAAUUACAACAGUUACAACAGCAACAGCAGUUACAACAGCAACAGCAGUUACAUCAGCAACAGCAGUUACAACAGCAGCAACAGUUACAGCAGCAACAACAGCAGCAGCAACAACAGCAUCAAGAUAGACUUCAACUCUUGUCCAGUCAAAGACUUUUACAGCAACAGCUGUUGCAGCAGAGACAAAACCAGCUUUCUCAAAUGUCUGUAAACAGUAAUAUGUCUGUGCAACAAAUCCAGCAGAAAUCUCGCAGCAAUGACUUGCUAACUCUACAGCAACAAGAACAGCAACAGCAUGAACAGUUUUUGCCCUCCCCACAGCAACCUUCAUCCACCACAUCAUCGUCAUCAUCACAGUUAUCUUUGAUUCCCACCCAGCUGCCGCCGUCUUCUACAUCUUCAUCGUCUCAGCAGAACACUCAGCACCAGCAGCAUCAGCAACCAGUAGCAGACAUGGACCUGGACGAUGAGUCCAACGUGGUAGCUCAGCUGGAAGAGAUUUACAGAGAAACUGGCAACUGGCCUAAUUUGGAUAACUUGGUGCCGAGUGUCAAUCAUUCCCAGCAGGACCAGUCCAAUGAACAGCUUGUGAUUGAUGACAUCAAGAGAAGGCUCAUGAGCGAGGAUCCUUUGAUCUCGCUUCAUCAACAGCAGCCACCAAUGAAUGAAGAAGUUAUAGAUAGCAGUCCACUUGCAACUGCUUUACAAAGUGGCACCCCAGUCUUACAAUCUGGCACAAACAAACCUGCAUUUAAUGUACGGCAGACUAUUUUGUACCAGCAAAGGCAUCGGCAGAAUGACAAGCAGAAGCAGACGAGGGAGCGCCAGCAGAAAAGUUUGCAGUUGCAGCAACAGCAGCUUCAAGGUUUAGGCCAGGUUUUCAGUCAGAGGUUUAACCAGACUGUUCUGCCUACGUCUGAUGGGACCACAGUUACACAGCCACCCUUCCUUGACAACCUGAGGGAGUUGAUGACCCAGGGACACCCUCCUAACGUGACAUUGUCUGUACAGCGAGGUCAAGGUAUACCUGGCCCUAUGUCUCCCCGCUUCAGUUUACCUUCCCCUCAAACUAGCCAACUGUCCCCCCACUUAACCCCUCAGUCUGGGUCAGGAGGCACCUGGCAUCUAAGAGUUCAAGGCCCAUCAGAACCUCUAGGACUGCAGGGUAAUCAGUUCUCACCCAACUUGAACCAGCAGAGGUCUCUAGCAAGCAACUCCCUACCGAGCCCCGGCAGUCAGCUACAACAGCAGAAGCAGCAGCAGCAGCAACAACAGCAGCACCGCAUACAGCUAAACGAAGCUGGACAGCUGGGUAAUUCAUCUAAUGCUGUGAACGGUAAUACCGGCAGCACACUGCAAAUGACUGGCUUGUUCUCACCAUCGCAACCUCAGCAGCAACAGCUGAAGCAAGGAGGCCAGGGACAGUAUCAGCAGUCAAGAAUCAUACAUAGAAUGCCAUCUGGUCAUGGAUCACCAAGGACACCAAACAGUCCAUACAGCUCUAGUCCUUCAGAUCCUCUGCUGUCUCCACAAAGUGUUGUGUCUCCCAGUUCAAACAUGCGACAACAACAACAACAGCAGCAGCAGCAAGCUGGCAUCCAGGUCAACUCACAGUUUAACCAGGUCCAAUUGUCUGCUGGGUUUGGAAAUUCAGGCAGGAUUUCUGCGAGUCCAAACACAUUUCAAGGGGGAACUGCUGUAUCCUCUGGCAUGAGUACUUUUAGUCCAAGCAGCACAAUGUCCCAGUCCACAGCCACCGCCCUGCAAGAAUUUGAGCGGCAGCUGAUUGAUACAGCAAUGAAUUCCAUGGAGAACAAAGGGCAUUCCAAUGAAAUGGGCAUGAGCAGCUCUAGUUCGUCCACGUCUGAGUACGUGAAACAGGAGCUGCGCAACAUCUGCAGUGCUCGCUCAGAAAAACAGCACCAGCAACAGGAGAUGACCCAGUCCUCUGUUUUGGUAAUAUUUUUCAAUGACAUGUCCAAGGAGCAUGGUGGACCACUAAGCAGCCCGCAUGAAACACAAGCUGUGACUCAGACAAGACUCGAAGCCAAGCACAGAUACAGGCAGUUUAAGAGACUUUCAGCCUCGGGACAACUUGUACCUGCAGCAGCGGUUGCAGAUCUCUCAGAAGGAGCUGAGGUCAAAGCCACAAGUCUUUUUCGCAACCAGUUGUUAAGGCCGGUGCAAAAUGCAUCCACACCUGUGACAGGAAGUAUCAAACUGAUGGUGCAACCAUCAGGCAAGAUUGCUGAGGUGCCAAAAGUGAAUAUCGUGCAGACAGGAGCCAGGACUCCUGUUGAGGAAAUGAGGCCGGCCGACAACAGGUACAGUCUUUUGUGCCAGCUGCUAUCUGAAUAG